UAUAUGCCUAUUAUUGCUGAAUACCUUUCUUUACCUUGCAGCAUUAUUGCAAUAUUGCUCUCUCUUCCUUACAUUCUCAAAAUCCAAUCACUCACUUAUUCAUUUCCUGUUCUUCUGAUCUGUAUCAUAUCAAUGGCUGAAGCACUUGUUGUUGGAGCUUUAGUUUCUGGCUUCGCCAACGUUGUUCUUGACCGGCUCAUUUCACGCGAGUUUGUCGACUUGGUGGUGGGCAAGAAGCUGGACCGGAAGUUGGUUUACAGGCUGAGGACUGCUAUCUUGGCUGCCAAAGCUCUGGCUGCUGACGCUGAGCAGAAGCAGUUUGGACACGAAUUCGUCAGGGAGUGGCUUCAUGAUCUCAAGGAUGCUCUCUACACUGCUGAUGACUUGCUGGACCGUGUCUUCAUCAAAGCUCAAAUUCGCAACAAGACAUGCAUUCAUCGUCCUCACUUCCUUGAUUUGUCUGGUAGGAAGAUGGUGACUAAGAUAGAAGAGGUGGUUGAAAGAAUAGAAGAUCUUGAGAAACGCAAAGAUACCCUUGGUCUCAAAGACAUUCCAACAGGUAGCUCCUCAUGGAGACCUCCAUCCACUUCUCUUGUCAACAAGGGGAAUUUGUUCGGCAGGGAUGGUGACCAACAGGCAUUAAUCAAGAUGCUCAAUGACAACAAUCAUCAUCAGUUGUCUGUCAUCUCUAUUGUUGGUAUGGGAGGGGUUGGUAAAACAGCUUUAGCCCGAUGGCUGUACAACAAUGAGGCUUUGAUGAAGGAGUUUGAUCCCAAAGCAUGGAUUUGUGUUUCUGAAAAUUUUGAUGUUGUUGAGACUACAAAGAAUGUUAUAAAGGAGAUCAAUUCAGGUGAUUGUAGUCUUGACAGCUUCGAAUCACUUCAAAAAGAUUUGAAGAGAACACUGUCAGAAAAGAAAUUCUUCAUUGUUUUGGAUGAUGUUUGGAGUGAAGAUGCUGACAUGUGGAAUAGUUUUAUCACCCCUUUUCAACAUGGGAGAAAGGGGAGCACUAUUCUUGUAACUACCCGCAAGGUAAAUGUUGGUCGAAUAGUCCAACACUAUAACUCUUACACUCUCAACCAACUGUCAGAUGAUUAUUGUUGGUCUAUUUUUGCCGACAAUGCGUCCUUUCCUGAAUCAAAUGGAAGCUCAGAACUGGAAGGAAUAGGUAAAAAGAUUGUCAAGAGGUGUGAUGGCUUGCCGUUAGCCGCAGAAACACUCGGACGCUUGUUGCGCUCAGAGCAUCGUGUUGAAGAUUGGAAUAAAAUACUAUUGAGUGACAUUUGGGACUUUCCUGUGGAAAAUUGUAAGAUUGUUCCUGCAUUGUUAUUAAGUUACCAUCAUCUGCCUACUCAUUUAAAACGUUGCUUUGUUUAUUGUUCAUUGUAUCCCAAAGAUCAUAAACUUGAUAAAGAUAAACUAAUCUUGCUUUGGAUUGCUGAAGACCUUUUACAACCACCGAGGGGACAAACUUUAGAAGAAGUUGGUUGCAAGUGUUUUGAUGAUUUGGCUUCAAGACUAUUUUUCAAGCAGGUCGAUAACGAUGAUGAGAAGUAUUUCGUGAUGCAUGAUCUCAUGCAUGACUUAGCAACUUUUCUUGCUGGAGAUCUUUAUUGUAGAUUCUCAGAACUUGGUGAAAAGAAAGAGAGGAGUAUUCUAACUCGUCAUUUGUUAUUCGAUCGUUCAAUCCGUAAGAAAACAUGCUCUUCUAGUAAAAUAGAAUCUUUGAGGACAUUAUUGUAUAUCAAUCAUGGAACUCGCGCAACAUUAUCAUGUGACCUAUUGUCAAGGAAUAAAUACUUGAGAGUUUUGUCCGUUCAUACACACAAUAUAUUUCCUUAUUCGAUAGCUAAAAAAUUGAUCCAAUUGCGCUAUUUGGAUCUCUCUUGGAGUGCUGUUAAGAUAUUGCCCGAGUCAUUAUGCAACAUGUGCAGUCUACAAACUUUAAAGUUACAAGGAUGUUCAGAGCUGACUAAGUUGCCUGGUAGCUUGGGUGAAUUGAUCAACCUACGCUAUUUGCAUCUCUCUGGAAGUGCUGUUGAGACACUGCCAGAGUCAUUGUGCAACUUGUGCAAUCUACAAACUUUAAAGUUAGCAGGUUGUUCAAAGCUGACUAUACUGCCCAAUGACUUGUAUAAGCUUAUGAAUUUGCGGCAUCUUGAUAUAUGGGGUACUCCUCUGAAAGAAAUGCCAAAAGGAAUGGGCAAAUUAAAACAGUUGCACACUUUAAGCAAAUUUGUGGUGGGAAAGCAAGAAGACAAUGUAAUCGAAGAGUUAGGAGGACUUUUAAAUCUUCAUGGAUCACUUACGAUUCAGAAAUUGGAAAAUGUGGUUGAUGGCAAUGAGGCAAGGAGAGCAAGGAUAAUAGAUAAGAAGCACGUUGAUGAAGUAUUGUUGGAAUGGUCUCUAUCUUCAGGUGAUGAUAUGGUUUCAAAAACACAUACUGAUGAACAAGAUAUACUCCACAGCUUGCAACCACACACUGGCUUGAAAAAGUUGAGUGUUUGUGGAUACAAAGGUAAAAUAUUUCCAGAUUGGAUGGGGCAUUCCUUGUACCAAAACAUGACAAGUGUAUCUCUACAAUAUUGCUGGGAUUGCUGCGUGCUUCCGUCACUUGGACAGCUGCCAUCUCUCAAGUCCCUAAGCAUUCAUGGUUUUCGUCAGCUGAAGAGAAUUGGCAAGGAGUUUUACAAGAAUGAAGGCGAUCAACAUUCUUUGCCUAUUGCACCGUUUCCCUCACUGGAGCGUUUGCAGUUUCAUGACAUGCCAUGUUGGGAAGAGUGGCGCUUACCUGACUCAGAAGCCUUUCCUCAGCUUAAGAUCCUUCAAAUAAGAGGGUGUCCAAUGUUAAAGGGAGAUAUGCUUAAUCAGGUAUUCAUGAGAAUCGUUUCUUCCUCAUCGGAUGUUUCCAAAGUGCGCCAGCUGAAAAUACGAGAAGGUCAUACAGAAUCGGAUAAAUGGAUGAGGCUUAAUGGGGAUAGUUUAUCAAUUAGGGGAUUUGAAUGUGUGGCGGAGUGUGCAUUUAAGGCAAGGAUCAUCCACCAUCUAACUUCCCUCCAAGAACUACAUUUCUUGUGGUGUGAGUCUGUUGUAUCCUUGGGGGACAAUUGUUUACCCAAAUCUUUGCAAAAGCUCAGAAUAUAUAGGUGCAGCCAAAUUGAAUUACUCCAGCAACAACAGAAAUAUGAUUUGGUAGAUCUACAGAUAGAUGAGAGCUGUGAUUCACUGACCUCAUUGUCGUUGGAUGCCUUUCCCAAUCUCCAGAAUCUCCAGAUAACAGGGAGUUCAAAUCUGGAAUCAGUUUCAAAGUCAGAGCCACCACACGCUGCUCUUCAACGUCUCACCAUCGAGGGCUGCUACAAAUUAGUGUCGUUUGCAAGAGAAGGACUGGCGGCACCCAACUUGACUCAUCUCGGUGUUAGUGGCUGCUGGAAGUUGGAGGCAUUGCCACGUGACAUGAAUACUCUUCUCCCAAAUUUACAGUCUCUCAACAUACGAGAUUGCCCAAACAUUUGCAGGUCGCCAGAGGGUGGUUUGCCGACUAACCUGAAAGAGCUUAGGGUAGGAGGAUGCGAGGAACACGUGAGGGGUGUAUCAUGGUUGGGCAACUUGGACAACCUCACUCAUCUUUUCAUUAAUGGUUUUGGGUGUAAGAGCAUAAAGUCAUACCCAGAGGUGGGUUCGCUGCCUCGCCUUCCCUCCCUUACCACUCUGCAUCUCUUCAACUUUAACACUCUGGAGACAUUGGAGUGCAACGAGCUUCUCUGCCUCACCUCCCUCCAACAAUUACACAUUUCAUGGUGUGAUAAGCUGGAGAAUAUUGCAGGAGAAAAGCUGCCUCCCUCUCUCUUACUACUUCAAAUUGAGGGUUGUCAUUUGCUGGGCAAACACUGCAAGAACAAGCAUCAACAAAUUUGGUCCAAAAUUUCCCACAUCCCCACCAUUCAAGUCGAUGACGACCGAAUUUUCUGAGCAGGUAGCUUAUGCACAUAUCAAGAUGUAAUCCUAUACAUUGGCUAUACAUCUUCAUCUAAUUCUAAGUUCAUUUGAGGUGGUAAUUAAGCUGGAUUCAUGUAUUGGGAAACAGAAACUGUGUUUUCUGCUUUUGGCUUCAAGUUAUUGAAAAGCAAGAUAUGAUAGAGAAAGUUGGUGGCACUCAUUAUUGAAAAGCUGUUGUUGAUUUCCCAAGGUGACGAAGAUAUGUAGCUAAUGCAGUCAAGAUGCAAAGAAUAUGCUUUCCAUAUUUGAAGAUGAUAAUCAUGUACCUGAAGUAGUCGAAGAAGUUGUAGUGAUGCCAUCAGCAACAAUUUCGUUCCUAUCAACUUCACUCAAUGGUGUGUGCAGUUCUGUACACAUACCAAACCAAUUGGAAACACAUAUUGAGGUUUGGUAACCAUAUCUAAAUUAUCUUAAUUCAAUCCCAAGUUCAUGCUUCAGGUCUGGGCUUUGAGUGUUUGAUUGCUAGUCGAUUCUGCUGAGAAUGUCGAGCUUUCUUUUGAAAAUUAUUCACUAUAAAUCUGCAGUUGGGAGUGGUUCAACCUUGGAUUGGACUAAAAUUUUGACAGCAAGUUCUAGACGUACUUUUUCAUUCUGAAUGGUUGGACGAUUAAGAUAAGAUUUGGAGGGUGAGAUACGGCUUGCAUGCGCAAAGUAGCACUGGUUUUGUGAAUUUUUCAUCUUUUUUUGUUUUACAUUUAUAUGCAUUAGUGUUUGGUUGUUUUGACUUACUGUAAACAUGAUUUGUGCACUUAUUUAGGAUUCUCUUGUAUCCUUACUUGAUUAUAGUGGUACUUCGUUUUUGGUCUGAAUGACC